ACGCGGGUCGCUCUGCUCUUCGCUCUUCUUGUCGGACAGUGUUUCCUGGUUUCUUUCUCUCGUUGCGUUGCCCUAAACCUUCCGUCCGGAAAGUCGUCGGGAAAUCCUUUUCCGGCAGAGCAAGAGAGAAAGAGGAUGGAGAGGAUCUGCGUUAUGGUGCGUAUAAGGCCGCUUGACUCCCUGGAGGAGGCGAAGGCCAGCCUGUGGCGUGUAUCCGGCAACACCAUCUCCCUCCAUAACCAGCCUACCAAGUUCGAAUUCGAUAGGAUUUUCAAGGAGGAAAGCAAGAACUCCGAUAUCUACCAAGCUCGGGCAAAGGACAUUGUGAGAGCCACAGUUCGUGGUUUCAACGGAACUGUUUUUGCCUAUGGACAAACAAAUAGUGGAAAAACACAUACUAUGCGAGGGAAACCCACUGAACCCGGAGUUAUUCCACUCGCUGUCAAUGACUUGUUCCACGUAAUAAGCGAGGUUGAAGAUAGAGAAUUUCUUCUUCGCAUGUCAUACAUGGAAAUUUAUAAUGAGGAGAUCAAUGAUUUGUUAGUUCCAGAGCACCGGAAACUUCAGAUUCAUGAGAGUCUUGAGCGUGGGAUCUUUGUUGCCGGUUUGAGAGAAGAAAUAGUAGUUUCACCUGAGCAAGUUCUGGAGUUCAUGGAAUUUGGCGAGUCCCAUCGUCAUAUUGGAGAAACUAAUAUGAAUGUGUACAGUAGCAGGUCCCACACCAUAUUUCGGAUGAUAAUUGAAAGCCGAGAAAGACAUGAUACCUGUGAUGCAGAGAGCCCUUGUGAUGCUGUUCGUGUGUCUGUUCUUAAUUUGGUGGACUUGGCUGGUUCCGAGCGUGUUGCAAAGACAGGAGCAGAGGGUGUUCGUUUGAAGGAGGGUUCUCAUAUUAAUAGAAGUCUUAUGACACUUGGAACAGUAAUUAAUAAACUAAGUGAGGGGGCAGAAUCAGUGGGAGGACAUGUACCUUACCGGGAUAGCAAGCUCACCCGCAUUUUGCAGCCUGCGCUGGGUGGAAAUUCAAAUACUGCUAUUAUUUGCAAUAUCACACUUGCUCAGGUCCAUACUGAUGAGACAAGGAGCAGUCUUCAAUUUGCAACAAGGGCACUACGUGUGACAAACUGUGCACAAGUGAAUGAGAUUUUGACAGAUGCUGCAUUGCUUAAGCGCCAAAAGAAGGAGAUUGAGGACCUUCGUGCAAAGCUAAUGGACUCACAUUCUGAGCACUUAGAAGAGGAGAUAUUGAGCCUGAGAAAUACAUUGUUACAGAGUGAGCUUGAAAGAGAGAGAAUUGCCUUGGAAUUGCAAGCAGAAAAGAAAGCUCAAGCAACACGUGAGCAGAGACUACAGGAACAAGCUCGAAAAAUAGCUAAUUUGAGCACCAUGGUGCUCUAUUCUACCAAGGAUCCAAGGGAAAAGAAUCCAAAGAAGGGUAAGAGGCGAGAGACAUGGUGUCCUGGUGGUCCUUAUGGGAAGCCAUUGGAAGAGGGCAAUGGUAUUAACACAGCCAAUGAACAGUGUGGAGCUGAGCAUGAUAAGAAUUUGUUGUUUCCCUUAGAAGAACUGACACAAGAACCUGAACAGGAUUCUGAAACUUAUGUCAAUCAGGCCUGCAUGGAAGAAACUAAUGACAGGAGAGAAUCACUCGAUGGCUGUGUUCUGCCUGAUGAGCAAGCCAUGUUGCGCGUUACACAUCGAAGAAAAGUAACUUUUGAGGACAUUGGCUCACCUCAGGGAACCAAUGAUUUAUUGGAAAUCAAGAGAAAAUAUGAAGAGUUACUGGUGGAUUUUGAAACUCUGAAAGCAACAAAGGAUGUGGAGAUAUCAAGUUUAAAGAACCAGCUAGCAGCCGAAUGUGGUCGUGGAGGUCCCAGAUGUGCAAGAGGUACAAAUCUAACUGAAAGGGAGUCGGAAGCAAUUUUAGUGAUCAAGCAGCUGCAAGACCAGAUAAGUAAACUGGAGAUGGAAAAGUUAACAAUUCAAAAAAACCUGGAUAAUUUAGUUGAAUUGGCUACAGAACAAAAUGUAAAUGCAAGUAAGAAAUGUGAUGAGCUUUGUAAAGAACUCCUGGAUGCACGGGAAGAGACAAGGGUUGCUCGUGAACAAUUAACCUCUGUAACAGUCACAGAGGCAGAUGAGAUGGUUAAGAUGGGCAAUCCAGAAGACUUUCUAGUAGAACUGGAUGCCAUCAAAUCGGAACUUGAAUGCCUAAGAGACUAUGUUGAUUCUGUCUUCCUCUUUGCGGGUGAUCUCCUUUGUAGCUUUAAUGAGCUAUUGGGUCUAUUGCCGGAAUACAAGUCAGAGAUGCAUAAACAUAUCAUGGAUCUGAAGUUAAAGAAUGAAAAAGUGUGUACUUCACUCACUUCAGCAGUUGAGAAACAUGAAAAAGAGAAGGAGCGAUGCCAUGAGUAUGAAGCACAGAAUGCUCUAUUGGUAUCUCAAGUUUAUAGCUUACAGAAAGAAAUUUCAGGAUUAUCAACCUCUUCACUGAUCAAGGAAAAGGAAGUCUUGAGGAAGGAUCUUGAAAAGACAAGAGUUAAACUUAAAGAUACAGAAUCUAAGCUGAAAAACUGUAUACAGGACAAAGUGAAACUUGAGUCUGAGAGAGCAAACAAUGAAAAAGAACUAAAACAUUUGCUUGGCCAAUGUGCACUUCUUGAACGUGACAUUUCCAAGAGGGAGUCAAUUGCUGGGAGGAGGAAUGACAAGGGUUCUGAUGUUAGCAGGGAAAAGAGCCAGAUUGGUGUGGUUGAACAGUCGCUACAACUGAAGACUAUGGAACUAGAAAAAGCACAUUUUGAUUUGGAAAUUCUCCUAGAAAAGAAUAGAAUAUUAGAAACCAGUUCGUUUGAAAUGGAGGAGAAGGUUGCUGCUCUUGAAGAGUAUUUGACUACUGCAAAGAAAGACUCGGAGGAAGCCAUGGCUCAAAGUGAGUUUCUUGCCUCAGAACUGGGAACUGCUUCUAACAAUUUGGCCAUAGCAAACUCCCAGAUAAAUCUGUUGACAGAAGAGGCUUCUAGCCUGAAAUGUAAAUUGGCUGAAUAUGAAGCCUUUUGCACAAAAAUGGAGAAUUCGAUUCACUUGCUGUCAACAGAAAAAGAAGAGAUUAUGUUGCAAUUAACAAAUGCCCUUAUAGGGCUAGAAGAAGAAAGGGCUAUUUGGCUUGCUAAGGAGAAAGAUUUUGCUAAAUCCAUUACAGAGAAAGGAAACUGUGCUAAUGCUGAAAUUGCAUUACUAUCUGAGAAUAUUUGCAAGGCGAGGGAUGAAUGUGGAAGUCUUAGAGAGCAGUGCAAUAUUUUGGAGGAAAAAUUAUCAUUUACUGAAGCAAGUUUGGAGCAGGAAAAGAAAAGCAGCACGGAAACAUUGUCAGAAAUUGAUAGACUCAAAGAAUUGCUGAAAAGAACAGAAGUUGAAAAUGUUGAAUACCAAGAUGUACUUAAGUCGAGAAUUGACUUGCUAUCAUCUGAGAAGAGGCAUGUCGUUGAGGAAGUUGAGAAGUUGCAGAAACAGUUGAACCUCAUUGCUGAAGAGAAGAACAAAUUGGCAGCUAGGUGCUUACAGGAUUCUGAGAGGCACAAGUUAGCUAUGAAUUUCAACAAAGACGUAGCAAAGCUCCGAAUCAGACUGCACAACACGCAGGCAAUGUUGGAUGUAUUUCGGUGCAAAUAUGAGGAGGCAGAGGAUGAGAAGGCGCUUAUGAAAAAGAGAUAUGAAGAAGCAUCAAAGAAAUUGAAAGAUGAAUUAGUCUCUUCCAGGCUCGAGCAACUUGAUCUGAGAAAACAACUUAGUGAGAAAGAAUGACAUUCAGUGAAAACAACUUAGUGAGAAAGAAAUAGCAUUCAGUGAAUCCUACGGUUUCGAUUUCUAACUUUUUGGUGGUGGAGCAAUCACAAGCUGUAGACUUGACAAGAGCCUGCGUUGGAAAAGAAAUAUGGGCGUGGCAUAAUAUACGUAACAGGAUACAGGAUGAUGCAAAAACCAUAGGCUAAGGAAUAUGGAAGUCAAGCAUCUACUUCUGUACUAAUAUUUAUUUUUUUCUGGAAAGCCAUGUACAACUUGUAAAAUCAUCUCUUUUGUACAUGCAUGUAGAAAUGUGUAUCAUGGAACUCUAGAAUCUGUGAAUAUGUCACGCUAUUAGGUUUAUAUGCUUGCUUAGAACCCGACUUAUCCAUCAGAAUGACCAAGAAAUGUCUAGAACCUCCACGCAUGCCAACAUAUAUAGAGCACAGAAGCUUGAGUAGCAGUACUUUUGGGAGUUUUCAUUAGGAACUUGAACAAUUAUAAAAUUUGUUUUUCUCUACUGAUUCUAUUUUCCUGUAAA